UUUUUCGUUAUAUUUUGUGACACUUCGAGGAUUGCUUAUAUGAAGUAUAAAAUACACCACUUAUUGUAUGAGCUCAGAUGGCCAAGUGGUCUUAGCGUUAGAAUUUUACUCCAGUGGAAGUUGGAGGAGGAGUAUGUAGCUUACACAACUGACGUUGAGAGGCGUACAACGCAGGUAGCGGCGGCAGGGGAGGUAAAGCGUGAGGCCCCGCUGUGCCCGAUAUGCCUGAAGAGCCCGCUCGUGAUCAAGGAGGGCAAGAUGCAGGAGGGACAGAAUGUGUGUGCCGACUGUUCCAACCUCACUUGUCUCAACUGUGGUAGCAUGCAGGUCUCGCUCACAUCCAAGGAGCAGGUGUGGGUAUGUCACAUCUGUCACAAGAGGAGACAACUCGUGCUCAGCUCAGGCCUUUGGUACCCAGGAUGUGAUGUGGACGAUGAUGUCCCCUUGGCUCGCCACGUGGACAGACGGCUCAAGGAACUUGAGCAUGCAAGUUCCAUGCGAGGUCCGUUGACACGCUCUAUCUCUGUGGAGGGUACAGGAAGCACGCGAGGGGGAGGUAAUGGCGGCCCCUCUUUGUCCAGACAGAUGUCUCUACCCGACUACGACAUGCCGCCGGCCUUCAACGCCCUACACACGCUGGAAGUCAUACUUGUAGGGGAAAGUGGACUCAGUGAUAAUGUGAGUGAAAACACGAGUCCAGAACCUCUGAAUGCCAAGGUGGUCAGUCCAACAGAGUCCGAGGACUUAAAAAAGUCCAUGGUUUCCUCGAAUGGCGGCAGUAUCAGAGGCAUGAGUCACACAAUCUCCCGCAGUGAGUCUGAGUGUUCCGAUGGAGUGUCUGACGUAGAUAUGGAGGAUGCCUCCAUGUUCCGAUCAGUAAACGACCCCAUCAGUCCUGAUGAAGGAAGUGACGACUACUCCUUUAUGAGCAUUGGUAGUUCCGAUGACACAGCAAACAACUCGCUACGAAAAAAACAUAGACCAAAGUCGUUAAAUCUUUCACGUUCAGUCAGUGGCACAUCAUCUGAAGAUGAAACUUCCGACAGUGCUAUAAGUACAGAUGUUGAAUCAAAGUACAUAAAUAAAGUUCUUCCCCCCGACCCCCAUGAAUUAAGGAUUGCUCUUGCAGCAAGUGCAUUUGUUGAGGACAUGCGGGGGGUGGAGGUAAAUAAUGAAUACGAUGAAGAAAUUGCUAUUAUAUGUGCUAAUAAUGAUCAAACUGGUCGUGACAAAGUGAGAUUCAGCCCUUCAGCCCCUAUGAGCCCGAGCUGGCGAGAAGGGCUCGACAGUCCGCCAUUUUCUCCCCGCAGACGCGAUAGCUAUCCAGGCAAGCGACGUGGGUCUUCCCCAGUCUCGCCAAAAGAUAAACGGUUUACGUACACAGACAUCUCCCCUCCCUCUCGACCAUUAUCCAUUGAAGAACUGUACGAUAAAGAUGCAAUUGCAACGUUCGCUGAUCAAUCCCUUGUCCCCCAUGCUCAAAGACCUAGCCCAAAAUCACCAGAUGAAAUGUGUGACUCUUUUUACAGCAACUCAGAUGAGUUACUGACUUUUGAGAGACCAACAUCUAGUCUAAAGAAGAGUAAACCGUUUUAUUCCCUACUAGAAGAUGCAACUAUGGAUCCAAAUGACACAACUACAGUGAUGGACCUUGCAACUUAUGCAGCAACUGUUGCAAGCAAUACUGCUAAUUUAACGUCAAUGUCAAUAUCGCCUACAGAUUUGCAAACAAAAUCUGGCCAUGAUUCACCAGACAGUCGGAGCAGCUCUUCCCCACUCUCGCCCGGUUUCUAUGACAACCUGAACUAUCCCGGGGAAACUAGCAGCAAAAGCGAAGAUUCUGAUGAUGACAUUGAACUGGCUGAUCCAUCUCAGAAGUCUAUUGACUACCAGAACAGCAAACGCCAAAAGGCACGUCCACCUACGACCGAUUGGUCCCCUGUGAUAGAUCUUUCCCCCAUCCUAGAUGUGUCUCCAUCUCUUGAGGAGGCGGAGCAGGCAGAGAUGCUUGCCCAGCAGCAGGCAGAACGGGAACGACAAGCAUCUUGGGAGGAUGAUGCCUAUGAACCAAUGAAUAGUUUUGUUGCCCUUGGAGAUAAUGCUUCUGAAACCGAUUACAUGUACUAUGGACUUAAACGAUACGAUGUUGUGGAAAAUAUCAGUGGUCUUGUGGAGGAACAGAAUAUUUCAAACUGUACAAAUGCUAUAUUGUCAAGUAGUCCAUCAGCAAACAGUAAUGGAGCUUGUGAAAAUGUGAUGAGUAAAAAUAGUGGACUGGUCAAGUCAAAGGUGGACGAAAAUGGAUCAAAGCUUAAUGGAACUAAUCAAACAAUAAGUGCAAAUAAUUCACACAUUGUGAUAAGCAGUAUUCUAUCAAACCAAUCGCCAAUUGGAAAUGGUAGUUUAAUGAAUGGUAGUUCAUUUUCUAAUGAUUCAGUAAUUGAAAAGGUCAAUGAAAAUGUUGUUUUAGCUAACAAGCCAAAAGGAACAGCAUCUUCGAGCCCAUCAAUAGGAAAAAUAAGAAGACAGCUUCCAGAGCCUACAGAGGAAAUUCUUGCAACUGAAAAGCCUAUACCAAAGCCUCGGAAGAAAGAUAACCAAUCCCAAGGACCUGUAGCAAACCCGCCUCCAAAACCAGCAAGAGCACCGAAUCGUCAAGAUCUAAAAGAACCCACACGAAACCCACCGAUAUACAACCAGUCAGCCCUUGCAAGCAAGCAGGUGGCCUCAAAUAAUGUCAAAGCACAGUCUAGCCCAACGCUACAGAAACAGUCGUCGUCCGAGGAAGUGCGUCGAACAGCGAAGGAGAUGAAGGCCAAACCUGACCCACUCAUCAUGAAUUAUCUGGAGAUAGAGGAGGCGUCUGCAUCACCUCAGUACCGAGUCUUGGAGUCCCCACCAAGUCCCGAGAACAAGGCGGCCAUUCGACGAGAGUAUUCUGACAGUACGUCUGUGUCACCCUCCUCAUCACCUGAUCGGGAGUCUUUCCUUUACCCAUCACCAGUUACUCCCCCUGAUUCUGAUUCCUCACCACCAAAGCCACAUUCACCCUCGUCGGGAACCGAUUUUGAGGACGAAUUCAUCCUCAUUUGUGAUGACAGCAGAUCAAGGCCCCAGAGUCGACCAAGAGAUAAGGCGUCUCGUAAUGGCAGCCAGUCAACUUCUGAUGAUCGACGGUCAACAAAAACUGCUGGUGACAAUGGCAAAACAGAUGACAGGGGAACAACUGAUGAAAAGGACAACCUGAACCAUCAUACAAAGGGCAAACAGCCAUCACUGCAAGCUCGAGACCACAAAUCAAAGGACAUGAAGAAAGUUAGACGCAAAUUACCUUCAAUUCCUCCAGAGGAAGAGCAGGCUCAGGUGGCGUCUGCUAAAUCAAAGCAGCGCCCUCUUCCCCCUAGAAAGCCACCACCAAGGACGGAUAAUAGACUCCACAAAGGGAAAUCGUCAGCCUCCUCUGGUACGAGUGAUGACUCUUCCAUGAACGAAGAUGACAAGGAAGUUGCCAGCAUUACACGCAAGAAACAGAUCAAUAACCUGGACAAACCGUCCAUAGACAAGCAAAAUGGUAACUACAUAAAGUCAAAGAAUACAGACGCUACUCUAGCUCUCGAGGUUGCUGCAGUCAAUAUACCUCCGGAUAACAAUACUCAAGCGCUCAAAUCAAAUGAAGAACUUGUAAAGGAAACCUAUAUGAAUGAAACAGAUGCAAUUAUUGAUUCGCUGAUUAGCAUUUAUGGCGAACCAAUCACCACAGCAAUGAGAGGAUUAAAACGAAGACUGCAAGACGAGUUACGGAGGGUCACUGAAGGUCGGAGAAGAAAAAUAGACGAGUAUGAAGAAUUGCGGGUGCUUAAAUUUCAGUUGGGAGAAUUGAGAAUAGGUGGAUCAAGUUCAAAUGGAAAGAAACGCACUACCUCAAAUUCACGAACAUCGCCACAAAUGAUAAAUCGCAGAGCGAGGCACAAAAGACAAUCUUCAGAUCCCAUGGUUGCAAAGUUUUCGCCGAUAAAAGAGGAUAAGGAUAUUGAGUCUGAGAUGCAGAGUGCUCACAGGGAAGACAAUAAAGGAUCUAAAACUGAUGAUAGUUCCCUGUCUGGCGUUAGUGAUACUGAUAGCAUUAGGUCAGAACCUGUGAAAGGAAACGAUAAACUGUGCAAGAAAGUGAAGCCUUCAGGCUAUACAAAACUGUUUUACGACAACAAUGCUCAAUCCCAGUUUUCAGUAACAGACAAAAAUCCAGCAAAAGGUGUGUCGAUUCAGCCGCACCUUAUCUCUAGUCAUUCUGAAGGAAAUCUGCCGCAGACUGAAGAGGACUUGGAAACAAGGCAGAGGGAGGAGAAAGUAAGGGAACUUCAGUUUGAGAUUGAAAAACGGAAGAGACAGUUGCUGGAACAGGAAGCCAAGUUGAAAGAAGCCAGAUCAAGCAUUUGUGCUUCAAAAAAGCAAAUAGCUCAAAGCUGUGAUGAGAUAUCAACAAGAAUGAAUAUCCCACCAUUUCACCCCCGUCCAAUACCUACUGGGAUUAUAAAACCAAUAGAUGAUGAUGAUGAUGAUGACGAUGAUGACGACGACUUUAUACCAGACAAGUCGGUAUUUCAAAGUCAGGCCAAUUAUAGCUCAAGUGAAUAUCUUGCUCACAAGCAGGAGGAAUUUCUCCGCCAAAGACUUGAAGGGCUUUCCUCGUUUUCCUCCCCAUUUCUUUUUAGUGCGGAUUUUGGCGAAAAGAGUGCUUUUGUGCCUCAGCUGACAAGAACUGGUUUGGACACGUAUUCCUAUUCAACAGGUAACGUAAACGUAGGUAAAGACAAAGUGUUGUGUACAAGUGCAACAUUACCAAACAUGCCAAUAUUGAAGGCUGACUUAGAGAAUAACAACAGACCAGCAUCAGAUGUUGAGUCAAGUCCGCCUUGUGAUCGCACCCCUGCUAUGCCACUUUUGUCAGAUGUGAAGGCUCGAUCAAGGCGAAUUAUUCAUGAAAUCGGAACUGGUAGUCGACCUGUGUCUGCUGAAUUCAAUCUUGGGGUAGAAGAUUUAAUGAACGGAAUGUAUCGUGUAGAGAGUGACAACAGUGUUGACGCAGAUGAACCUAUAAUGAAACAUUUGAUGGAAGGCGGAGUAACCAUUCUUAAACAGCUGGAGCGCAGAAAGCAGCCCCCUCCAUCUCUGCCAAAGAAAUACAACUUCCCGGUUAAAAGAAUCUUACUGACUACCGACCCUAAAGAGAAAUAUGGCAAAGGUCGUCCAGGUAAUGGCAUAGGCAUGAAGGUAGUUGGUGGGAAAUCCAUUCCCGGGUCUAACGAAGUGGGGGCCUUUGUGUCGACCAUCUUCAAAGGGGGAGUGGCUGACCAGAUACACGGGGAGGUAAAUGAAGGUGAUCAGAUCCUGGAGUGGAACGGUGCAGAGUUGACAGGGAAGUCCUUUGAAGAAGUUCAGCAGGUCAUCUCACAGGCUCCCACUGGAGAGGUGGAGUUGGUCAUCAGGCCGUGUGGCACCUCUAAGAAGCCUCAUUCUGAUUCAAGGUUGCUGGAAACCAGCUGCCAUUCCUCUUAUGACAACCUGGAGACAGCUGGUCAAGAUGAGGCAGCUGCUACUGAGCCCUGUGAAGAAAAGCAUGCAGUGAGUAUAGAACGCUGGGAGGAGGAUUCCAACAUAGAGGAAGCGCCGUACGACCCGGACCUGGAGGACAUAGCAGAGGAGGAAGUGUCACCAGGCAUGUCUCAGGAGCCGUCUCCGGGCAUGUCCCACUCCUCCAGUCAGCAGGACUACAACACAGCCUCCUCUGGGUGCAGUUCCCCACUCUCCGAGCCGGCCUCUACGUCAUCUGAGUCCCAAGCCCGGGCCAACAUCUCCCGACGUAAAAACACGGGCUCUGGAGGUCAGGCUUCAUCAUCAGCAACAGGUAGUCAGGCAUCAUCACAGGGGACAAGGGCAAGGUCUGCGUUGGCGUCUGGGGCAAUCAACAGCAAGAACUGCUAUGGAAGUCAGGGUAAGCUGUCGAUAGGUGCUGCCCUGGAGAUGGCUCCCAUAAAGCUCACCCCGUCUGCCUCCGAGUAUUUUCGCAGACCUGCUCAAGGGCAACAGAAUUUUCAAGGCAGUUUGGAAAACUCUGACCGACAUAAUUAUAACCAUAAUCUUAAUUUAUCCAGCGCCAGUGUUAACAGUGUAAGCAAAAGUCGACAGUCUCUUGUGCAAUCACUGCCCACGCCUACAAACAUUGAUAGACCAGUGCGCAAAGAUUCAACUCGAUCUGUCUCGAGAAUUAUGGAGAAACAGCACAGUGAUAGUCGAGAUGCAAAAAAACAUGAACCCCUCAGUCAGCAAUCGAACUCUUUCGAUGAUUUUCUGAGAAUGUCUCAUCAUGCCGGAGUUGAUGAUCGUCAGUUGUCACCGUCUAAAGUGCAGCGGUCAACCAAACAUAGGGGUCUCUCAAUCUCGGCUUCAGAACUUGUACGAAGGAAGGAAUCUGAAUCUGAGGAAGAUAUAAAAAAGUCCCCCAAGGGCACCAGCAGGGGAAACAGACAGAUGGGAGAUAUUCAGCUCCAGUUAUGGCAUGACCCACAGAAUAAUGAGUUCAGGGUGCGAGUGAUACAGGCUAGAAACCUCCUGCCCAUGGACCUGAAUGGACUCUCCGAUCCCUUCGCCAAGCUGUACCUCCUGCCUGGGAGAUGUGCUGACAACAAGCGUCGCACGAAGCACAUUGCUCGAACCCUAAACCCCGAAUGGAAUGAGACGGUGGUGUUCCAGAAUGUACACAUUGAGGAGCUUCGUAACAAGACCCUGGAGGUGACAGUCUGGGACUAUGACAGGUUCAAGGCCAACGAUUUCUUGGGAGAGGUCGUCAUCGACUUCUCAGAAGAAGCGUUCUUAGACAAGCUGCCCCACUGGUAUCCGCUGUGUAACCAUGAUGACACAAAGGGUCUUGACAUCCCACAACCCACCGUGCUUCCUCCUGCAAAAUCUCGGGCAAACAGCGCAUCACCACGCCCCUCCCUGGUAGAGAGGCAGGACAGGGGUGUGAAUGCUGCACGCAAUGACAGAGUUAGACCGGGACUAGGUAGACGAAGACGCUCAUUUGACACCCUACAAGACGUUGACAAGGUUUGACCAGAUCAAAAAAGUGAUAGCUAGAUAGAAUUGCCAAAUAAAGCGAAUACACCAAAGGUGUGUGUACUGGACAAGAGGUGUAACAGUUUUCCCAGAAGCAAACAGAGCUCUCCAAGUCAAAAGGACAUUGGGGAUGUCCGAAGCAUUCCAAAAAUCUGCAAUUAUGUGUUCAAAUACAUGUGUUCUAGUUUGUUCAUUAACCAGCCAUCAAUACUUAACGCUGUUUCAAAUGGAGCAGGGUAUCUAUAAGCUACCAUUUAUGCAUACUAACGUUGGCAUGGUUUUACUGGUCAUCUGCAUUAUAAUUAUUCAUUAAUCUAAGGCCUUUGUGAGUCAUGUUUUUCUUCUUCACAAACCAAUGGAGACAUUUAACAUUUGAUAACAAGCAUCAUGAUAGCUCACCGACAUUUGUAUCCUGGAAUGACGUGCUUUUAUAUAGCUGCUGAUGAGAUCCAAUCAAAUAUUCAUUGAGACCUUCAUAGUGAUUGUGGAUAAAUCAUUCCAUAUUUUAAUAUUCAUCCAAACAUUUAUUAUUAAUGUUCAUUCAUUAUGAAACUUUUUUUUUUAAUUGUAAAUAAUAAUCAGAACAUCAACACUGUAGUUUAUUUGUAUACAGCACAUAUUGGUAGUUCAACAGUUUACAUUCUUUCCUGGUUAUUUUAGAAUCAUCAAAAAUCUGUUGUAUAAUCUAUAUAUAAAACGUACUGAAGGUAAGGCCCCAACAAAUUGAUAGUUUGGCCGUUUUUCCAUUACUUUUUUUAAUGCACCUGCAUUGUCCUUUUUACCCCGCAUCCAAGUAUUUUAAAUCAGAGUUUUUUCUAUUCAGUUUGGUAAUGCCUGCAUAUUUUACAACAUAGACUGUUUUUUGUGUGUGAAAAAGUUAAUAGCAGUAACUAACAGUUUUUAAUAAGUUCAAUGCAUUUGAAAGAAAUGUGAAUGUGUUCAUCAAAUAUGUUAACAAUUACUUUUUUGCACCUGAUUAUUAAAAAAAAAGAUAAAAACAAGUUUAUUGUUAUUAUUCUUGAGCUCACUCAUUCCAAAGUUUAAAAAACUCAUCAAAGUGAUUUGCCUUCAGUAAAUAAUGUAGCUGUGGCAUUAGAUUACAAACAUAUUUUUAGAUUCAAGAGCAAAACCAAUGAAAGAACAUGUUUUUUUGUAACCAUACUAAAAUAAUAAGUUGUGUUUUAAUAUCAAACUUUGAAAACAUUAUAUUGUUAGAAGAUUCCCCUGCUCUGCACUAAUAUAUUAUAGUUAGAAGUUGCACUUUCACAUAUUUUAUCGUUGUUUAUAUGUAAAUACGUUUGAUUUAAUUCUCUACAUUGUUCCUUAUUAUAUGCUGUCAAAUGUUUAUAGAUGUUAUGAAGAUAUUGUUAAAGUUCGUUAUAAAUUCGAAUUGUGUGGAGUCGCGUAAUUUCUUGUUUGUUAUUAAGUUUUUUGUACUCAUUCCAGUUGCAAUCAUUCCAUUUUUUUGCAAUUUGAAUCAUAGAAUACGUUAUUACAACAUAAUAAACACAUGUAACUGACA